GAAGUGGAAAAGCUUUUAAAACAAGAAAAUAUAAAAGAAUUUGAUUUCUCACAAUGUAAAAACUGCAAAAUAAUUGCACGCGGAGGAUUUUCUGUUGUAUACUCUGCUAUAUUCCAUGAUGAAUCAUAUGCUUUGAAAUGUCUAAAUAAUGGUGUGGGCUAUGACGAGAAAUCGUUUAAAUUAUUAAUACGUGAGAUUGGGCUUCUUCAUAAAGUUGAACAUCCGAACGUAAUAAAAUUCUAUGGAAUCUCACGAGGAGGUUUACGAGAAAAAACAACUACUAAUACACCUUCGAAUUAUUCUAAUCUCUACAAGCAAUGCUGGUCUUCCGAACCAAACCAGCGUCCAACAUUAGUUACUGUUUUAAAUGAGCUUAAAAAGCUACAAAAAACAGAUAUCGGAUCAAUUACACAUUUUAUAAAUGAACAUUGGAUUAAACUUUAUGGCUUAAAUAAAGGCGGGAAUCUUAAUGUUAACGAUUUCAUUCCUGGAACAGGAAUUAUCUUAGGAGAUGAUGGAUAUUUAAAUGUAGAAAAAAUAAGUCAAUCAAUCCCAAUUAUUUAUUUUCCAAAAAGAAAUGGAAUGGGGACAGACCAUGAUAUUGUACAUAUCCACAUUCCAAUCUUAACUUUACAUUAUCAAUGUAAUGCAACAACUGAAUUCAUUCAAGAUAUUAGAGAUGCGCUUAAUAUUUCUGAUAUGAUUGAAAAAAGAAAGAAGCUUAAAGAAAAGCUUAGUUAUUAUGGUGAAUACGUAGUCAUUUCAGCAACAAUUGGAGGUGUUAUUGUAGUUAAAAACUGGUCCAAAAUUGAUAUCGUAAAUAAAUCACGUUUAAAGGCCUAUCUUCAAUGUGGUAUUGAUUAUGCAAAAGGUAUAAGAUUAAGAAAUUUUGAAAAUACAUCAAUUGACGACUUGAAUUUAUUCAUAGAUUCAAAAAAAAUACAAACUGCUGGAGAUUUAUAUGAGUGGAUUAAAGACUUACAUAAUGCUAAAUGUUUAGAAGUUGUAACAUACGAGAAAUUCAAACCUACUUUCAAACUAUUACCAGAUGAUUUAGUUCAAAAAAUAUCUGAAUGUUCUAAUAUUCAACAUAAUGACGGAUCGGAAUUGAUUUCAAGAAUUCGUUCUAAAUAUAUUAAAAAAAAUGUUUUGGAAUGGAUUACGUCACCAGAACUCCCAUUGUAUUUAUGCGAUUGGAUUCAAGACAAUUCAUUACAACAUGGCGUAAUUUUACAGCGUUCAAAAGCAGGACGAGCUAAAAAAGCCGCAUAUAAAUUUUUAAAGGAACCCAAAAUAAUAUCGAUGAAUAAAAUUAGUAUAAUUCUGACGCAGCCUAAAACUCGACAAGAAGCUUAUUUAUUAGAAAAUGGUAUUAUUUUAAAAGAGGAGGAUGAAUUAGAACUUGAUAAAAUUCCUUUUACUGAGCAUAGUUCAGCACUUAAUAUUCCCUUAGAGGACUUUAAGAACACUAAAAAUCAACCAUCUAAUGCAAUCUAUUGUCAAAUAAUUUUUCAUACUAAAAAGAUUUCUUUUGACCUAUUGGAUAUUAAAUGUUUACAAGAAUUUUCAAAUACAGUUAAUUCCGAACUUCAAGGUCUUGAAUCAUCUAAGAAUUCAGUUAAUUCUGGACUUCAAAGUUAUGAAUCAUCUAAAAAUGCAGUUAAUUCAGAGCUUCAAAGUCAUACUUCAUCUAAAAAUCUUUGCAAGUUAUUUGGAAACGAUUAUGGAUAUUUAUUACCAAGAACUUUUACUUUGGGUGGAUCUUUGUCAAAAAAGUUCGUAUCAAAUAGUAAUCCUACAGGUAUUACAACACAACGAUUAGAUCUCAAAUAUAAUGAUCCUGAUGCGAAUACGAAUCAAAAAAUUGAGCAACUUUUAAAAGCGUGGAAUAAUGAAUUCAAAGAUAUUGAUACAUCAUUUUUUCUUGAUAAUAAUGGAGAUAUUAUUCAUCGUAACAAAAUCGGUGAUUGGUUGAAAACUCUUGAAAAACUACUUGAUACUAAAGAUCUUACCAAGAACGAAGUGAAAUAUGAAAAACAAGUAAAAUAUAGCCAAUUGUAUGGUGCAUCGAGAAAUGAUGUUGUGGCAAUAAGAUUGUUGCAAAGUGGCUAG